GUUGCAGAUGGACAUCUGUUUGCAUGGGGUCACAAUGGUUACAGUCAGCUGGGGAAUGGGUCGACCAACCCGGGACUCUCCCCGGUGUUGAUCACCGCUAACCUGCAGAACAAAAAAGUGAAAGAGGUGUCGUGUGGCUCACAUCACUCUAUGGCUCUCACUCUGGAUGGAGAGGUCUUUGCAUGGGGAUAUAAUAACUGUGGCCAGAUUGGUUCAGGCUCCACAGCCAACCAACCCUACCCCAGGAAGGUCACCGGAUGCCUGCAGGGCAAGAAUGCAUCGGGCAUCACAUGCGGGCAAACCUCCUCUAUGGCUCUUGUCGACAACGGAGAGAAAGGGCUGCUAUAUGCCUGGGGAGCAAAUACCUAUGGUCAACUGGGAACUGGCACCAAGAGCAACCACCUCAGCCCUGUGCACAUCAUGGCUGACAAAGAGAGGGUCGUCGAGGUGGCAGCAUGCCAUUCGACACACACGUCGGCAGCCAAGACCCAAAGUGGGCAGGUUUUUAUGUGGGGUCAGUGCCGGGGCCAAUCCAUUGUCCUGCCACACCUCACGCACCUCACCAACACAGACAACGUCUUUGCCUGCUUCGCUACGCCAUCCGUUAUGUGGCGCCUCAUGUCUAUGGAGCAAGAUGACUUCCUGACGGUUGCAGAGGCUCUGAGGAAAGAGUUCGACAGUCCAGAAACAGCUGACCUCAAGUUCAGUGUUGAUGGCAAAUACAUCCACGUUCACAAAGCUGUGCUGAAGAUCAGGUGCGAGCAUUUCCGUUCAAUGUUUCGCUCCCAGUGGACGGAGGAUCAGCAGGAAGUGAUAGAGAUUGGCCAGUUCUCGUAUCCCGUCUACAGGUCCUUCCUGCAGUUUCUUUACACAGACACUGUUGACCUUUCGCCUGAGGAUGCCAUUGGCCUGUUGGACCUGGCCACCUCUUAUUGUGAAAACCGCCUGAAACGCCUGUGUCAGCAGAUCAUCAAGAGAGGAAUCACUGUGGAAAACGCCUUCACCCUGCUGUCUGCUGCCAUACGAUACGACGCAGAGGACCUGGAAGAGUUUUGUUUCAGGUUUUGUAUAAACCACCUGACUCAGGUAACUCAGACCGAAGCCUUCUGGCAGGUAGACGGAGCAAUGCUGAAGGAGUUUAUCAGCAAAGCUAGUCGCUGUGGAGCCUUCAAGAACUGAGUGGUACUUUUAGGCUCCUGCAACCUAAAAAAGAGAAAAAACCAACUAAUGACCGAGUGGAUUUGGUCGCGCUGCAUCACAGUGACUAUUUCAGUUUUCACAUUCCUGUUGAUCCCAUCCACAACAAAAGAGGAGGCCCUUUCUUGAAAUACUUAUUUAUAUAUACUUUAAAGAAGCACUUAAACAACAUUAUUCACAAGAUGCUUAAACUGGAUUUUAAGCUGCGUUAUCUGUGGAUCUAAAAUGAGCACUUUGGCCAAACCCAUGGCGCCUUUUCUGUGGAAGUUCUUUACAUAUGUUAUGUAUACUUGAAUUUUUUUAAAUUUUUUCUCAGCAGCGUUUGCUUUGUUCAUUUACUUUCUGGAAAAGUUCAUGUGAGGGACCAAAGAUCUGGAAGGAAUAAACUACUGACGAAAUCUAAAGAGAUGAACACUGUAAUGUAAACAUGUUUCACACAGUUAGCAGUAGAGCCCAAUUUAUCGGUGAAUUGAUUGCAUUGGCUAAUUGCCAGUCUGUUAG